AUGAUAGAGACGACUCUACUACUCUUCGUUGCGUUCGCCCUGACUACCGCAGCCCUCUGUUCACCGUAUGGUGGGGGCUACGGUAGCGAUUAUGGCGGUGGGUACGGUAGCUAUGGUGGCAGUGGCCAUAGCAGCGGCUACGGAAGUGGUUACGGCAGUGGUUACGGCAGUGGUCACGGCAGUGGCUAUGGCAGUGGCUAUGGCAGUGCCUACGGCAGUGGAUACAGUAGUGGCUAUGGUGGAAGCCAUGGUGGUGGCCACGAGCACGACAGCGGCUAUGGACAUCAUUGCGAGCACAAUUCUAUGUAUAGUAUGGGGCGCAGUUCGUACGAGACACCCAGCUACAGAAGCUAUGGCAGCUCAUCGCAUGGAAGCCACUACGCUCCUUCGUAUGGCGGCGAUGACUCAUACUAG